AGCAGCGCUGAGAGCAGCCUGCCUUCCCAGGGUCGGAGCGCAGCUCAAGAAGCGACGAGGAGAAGCCAACAUCUGGCCGCACAUCAUGAAAGGACGGCAGGGCGCGGACGGUUGAAAAAAAUUAAAAAAAAUUAAAGACGACGAAGCGGGCGGGAAUACAUGUUAUGAAGGAAGAAUGGAGUUCCCAGACCAUAGCCGCCAGUUGCUGCAGUGUCUGAGUCAGCAGCGUCACCAAGGUUUCCUCUGUGACUGCACUGUUCUCGUCGGAGAGGCUCGAUUCAAAGCGCACAGAGCCGUGCUGGCCUCCUGCAGCAUGUACUUCCAUCUCUUCUACAGGGACCAGCUAGACAAAAGGGACGUUGUGCAUCUCAACAGUGACAUUGUGACAGCCCCGGCUUUCAGUCUGCUCCUUGAAUUUAUGUAUGAGGGGAAGUUGGAAUUCAGCACCCUGCCAGUGGAGGAUGUGCUGGCCGCAGCCAGCUACCUCCACAUGUAUGAUAUAGUGAAAGUGUGCAAAGGCAAGCUGAAGGAUAAGGAACUUUCGUCCAUGGAUGAAAAGAUAGGAGGAGGUCUGGGACUCAGCUGUUUGGACAGGGAAAAUUCCUCAGAUGGCGAGCUGGACAGCAAGCAGCACAUUCGGCGACAGACACUGUCUCAGGGGCUUCACAGGCCCCCCCAUGCAGAAGAGUUUGACAUGGACAACAGUGGAGUCAGGCUGGCUGUCACAGAUUGUGAUAGGUCUACGCAGAGCAGGCAGAAGGCAAACGGUCACUCUGUCAGGUCCCCGGACCUUGUAGGUGUCAAUUAUGUGUCAGCAGAGGCCGAGCCCUGCAUCCAAACAGCUGGAAAAACAAAAGCUGAUGUCAGUAGUUUCACCGUAUUGUUGUCCCAGAGGUCUCGGGCUUCGGAUGACAUGGACUGCGCACUGGAUUUGUCUUUCAAGCCUCUGUCUAGCAGAGAUCCCUUACACCCCUCCUACAUCUCGGGACAGCUGGCCCUCGACAGCCAGCAGCAGGGCACUGAGCCACUUGUUAAAGACGAACACGACUUGCUGUCAGAGCAGGAGGACAGUGAGCCGAUGAGCCCUGAGAGCCAGCGCUUUGGGAAUAGUGCCAGGAGCUCAGUGGUGACAGGGUUCGCUGCCCUCUUCCCAGGCAACAACGGCGCUACAGCCGCCCUGCUCUCCCAGGAGGAGGACCUGAUGGACGAGGAGGGGGAGGCCUGCAGAGGGAGGGAGGGCGCCCCAGGCAGGGAGGUAGAUGGGAGGGGGAGGCUGCUAGGGGACAGCGAGGAAGAGGAGGAGGACGAUUUGGCCUCUUCAGACAUCUCCACCUCCAGCGGGGUGCUCCUGCCCCCGGGGCAACAGGUGUGCGUGUGUCCCCUCUGCAGCAAAGUCUUCCCCAGCCCCCACGUGCUGCAGCUGCACCUCAGCUCCCACUUCCGCGAGAAGGACGGCGCUCGCUCCAAGCUGUCCCCGGACGGCUCGGUGCCCACGUGCAUGCAGUGCAACAAGACCUUCUCCUGCAUGUACACCCUCAAGCGUCACGAGCGCACGCACUCUGGCGAGAAGCCAUACACCUGUGGCCAGUGUGGCAAGAGCUUCCAGUACUCCCAUAACUUGAGUCGGCACGCCGUGGUCCACACACGUGAGAAGCCUCACGCCUGUAAGUGGUGCGAGCGGCGCUUCACUCAGUCCGGGGACCUUUACCGCCACAUCAGGAAGUUUCACUGUGGCCUUGUUAAGACUCUCGCCAUUGGAUAAAACGCCUCUCUCACUACUAGUGCCAUGAUAUGAGACAGAAUGUCUUUUCUUACUCUGAAUUCUACUACUGAACAAUUUCUCUCAUUUUUUGCUGUUUAGUGUACACAUGUGGGCAGUUUUGUUGGAGACAAAUCCUUUUGGAGUUUAUCCCAUGUGGCAUUUCUCAAAUUUAAAGAUGUAGCAGCUUCAAAAGUGGGGUUGUUUUCUCUAUGCUGGACUGUAUCGCAGCACGCAUGAUCAUCAGGGGCAGUCAGGUGGAGGUGCCCAGGCUGUUGCGAUUUAACGCAGAUGCUGUGAAUCUCCAGCUGGAUCUGUGUCACUGAAGGUUAACAAAUGUAGACGAUGCACUCUUUUGUUUCUGUCUUGUUUGUGUCAAUCUUGUUGAGUUUGUUUUGGGGAGUAUAUUUUCUGAAAGAAAAAAGCAUACGUUCAUAUCCUUUUGCCGAUAGCUAAUGCUAACACACAAUCGUCAGAGAGCGAAACUUUAUUUGUGCACAUGGGAGAUCAGAACCGUCCAUGAGUAGCAUUAUUAUUAUUGUUUUUUUUUUUAAAAACAUCUACAUUAAUUCUAUUAUUUAUUUUUUUGGAGCUUGUGAAGUUUUUAAGUAAACUAUCAUAAGGCAGCAAAACUAAUGAAGUCUGACUACUGGAAGUAUGAGUUAUGGUUUUCAUGGAAGAUUAUUUGAAAUUAAGUUUUUAUAUGAAUAGAAGCAAUCAGUCAUUAUUAUUAUUAUAAUUAUUAUUGUUAUUAUCAUUAUUAUUAUGAUUAUUAUUGCCUUGGGUUGCCUCACCAGCUCUUUUUGGUUUCUAAUGUGACUGCGCACAUCUUGAUGGAUUCCCACUUAAAAAAAGAGUUUGGUAAAUCAGAGAUAGUAGUUUUAAAAACAAAUGCCUCUCACUCUGGUGCCCGAUGCUUCACCUAGUGUACUUCUUAUUGUUUUAGUGCGAUUUAUAGCCAUGCCUUAUUGUCUGUUUCAUAGACUUUUGAGGCCUUUUUAAAAACCUGGAUAACGCCCGGCGUACCAGGCGUUAACGGGGACGAUAAUCUACUCUGGAGCUGACCCAUAAAACAAGUCAAUCAGGCCCAUGUAAAUUCAGUGUUAUCAUCUCAGUUGGGCUGAAAGCAAAUGGUUUUCUAGUAAAUUAUCUUGUUAUUUCCUGGUGUGACGCAAGGAGUAAGUACACUGAUGGGUGUUUAGGAUAAACCCUCAGCAGGCAGAGUAACAGCACAACUUAUCUUAGUUAAACACUGUCAGUCCAUCAAAGCUGUGCCAUUCAGCAAAAAUCUACUGUAUUUUCUUUCUUUGAAUUAACUCUUUCACAUCACUGUAUUUGUGUUUAAGUUACUACUGAUGAAGACUUUAGCGACGCUGCCCUUGAAAGAACCUUUUGGGGCGGGUAAAUGCUUCUUCUCUCCGUUCACAUAGAAGCUAUAUGGAUUCUUUACCAGGGGUGUAGCACUACAAGUUUGUAAUAUUUGUCUAAUCUGUCCUGAAAAGACUUGAUCACAAUUUAUUUAUUAGUUUGACUUGGUUCAGGGUUUACUGUAGCUGUAGUUUUUUUUUUUGUUUGUUCGUUUGUUUUUCUUUGAGCUUGACAGACGCUGUCUUUGCCUAGCAAUCUUGGUACUCAUUAACCGGUGUUGGGGCUGUCCAUUUUCUUUGUGCAAAUCAUGUUACUGUAAUUGUAUUUUAAUAUAUUGUUUAGAAAUCUCUAUAAAGUAUUCAAGAUUUGUCACAUGGAACAUAGAGAAGCACUUGUUUUUUUAGCAUGCAUAUAGUUUCAACACUAUUGUCUAGGCUGCUAUUUCUUACAAUUUUGUGUAUUUAAUGUAAAUAUAUAUGAUAUUUAUCAAAUGGUUUUGUUUUCCAUGUUACUACACAGAUAUGGUUGAGAGUUUGGCGUCUUAUUAAGGCUCCAGUUUUAGUGUCAUGUCUUCCCCAGGGGGAGCUUGCUUCCUUUUUCCAUAGUGAAGACUUUAUUGGACCCCCACCUCAGUACAAAUCAGAGCAGUUAAAAACGCUCCGGCUUCUGUUCGGCCACAAGAAACAGUUGUUCUCAAGCACAGCCACACUGAUACGGCACCGGCUACCUUCAGACGGGACAAUACAGGCAUUGUUCCCCCACCACCACUCCUACCUUCCAGGUUCCAGGUAGUUUUCAAGGGGUCAUUGUGCAUCUCUCUGCUAGCUGUGGGGAGAGAAGGCACUUGGAGUCUCUCUUUGCACUUUUCUGCCCUGAAUGGAGCCUGUGGAAUGUGAGAAAUGUAUAAAGCAAGGCGAGACUGCAGACAGGUGUAUUGUUUGGAGGCAUCAAAGAGCAUCCCAUCUCAUCCCAGCAUGCAGCAGAUGCAACUUCAUUGUUCCUCCAUGUGGAGGAGAAACAAACAUAAUUUGGUUGCACAUCUAUCAGGAUCUUGUCAAAAUGAUCAGAGUGCUUAUUUUUUUUAAUUUUUGGCUCUGUUAUUCAGACAUCUCUUAGAACAACAAAUGAAAUCACACAUGCAUUUUCUCAAAAAAAGUGGUACUAUUUGUCAGGACUUUUACUGGAGGAGGCCAAGUAGAAAAGGGAUUUCUGUCAGAAUUACUCCAAUCUCUCAUCUUACCCGAGCUGAAGUCGCCAAACCGAGCUAGAAUGACUUAAAACAACCCUGUCGUUCAUAAAACGGUUAAACCUCUUCAGAGCGGUAGAUAGAUUUCGGAGAAUUUGACUGCAAGUUUCUGAGCACACAGGAAUCUAUGUGUUGUCACUUUUUUUUCUCGAUGUGGCACAAGUUAUAAAAGUGCUUCUGAUAGGCUAAUGUACAAGUGUACAGCAGUAGAACGACUAACGUUUCUUGUUGUUUGCGGUCUUUAUUUAUACCUCCAGGGUGGUCACCGACUGUGCCUUGUAGACACACAAGCAGGUGUUGCCUCUGGAGAAGCCCUUUUGUCUAUAUUGUACAGUUUUAUUUCCCCCCCCCUUGACUGCGGUGGUAAAGUUCAUAUCAACAUUGGCCUGCUGAUGUGAUACAAUUAAACUGUUAUGUCAUUGAAAAAAAAAAAUCAUAUCACAUUGUUAAUUAAGGCUAAACUAAGAGCUGAAAGUCCAUUUAUUAGUGCUGCUUUGUGAGAGAUUACAUCGAAGUUUUGACAUUUAUGUGAACAAAUACACUCUGGUUGUGUUAAACUGAAGUUUUGUUGUGUUGGUUUUUUAUGACGCCAACACUACAGGGAACUAACAAUCCGUUCCUUACAACUAGAACUUUUCUUUCUUUUUUUUUUGAUAAGUUUAUGUCACUGCUGAAUGUGAAAAAACUAGAGAUUUUUGAUUGUUGACUUGAAACAGUGCUACUCUUGAUCGAGGGCUAUGUUUGCCUAACUCAUGCUGUAUCAUUUUUACUUUUUUGUCUGGAAAAAAAACUUUUUUCUGAUACUGGAAUUUUGUCCUCAGCAGGUUACAACUGUGAAAUUGUGUAUAAUCAUGAAAAAUAUUUAUUACUGCAUAUGGUUCUUGUGCAACAUUUGACUGUCUCGGUUUUAAUUUGGUUUAAAAAAAAAAAAAAAAAAGAAGAAAAAAAAACCUCUAAAUGUUCAAACGGAAACCUUUUUAAAUAGAAUUCGUAGAAGUGCCAUUAGAAUUUAAUAUAAUUUUUUUAAUGAGAAAGGUAUAUUUUAUAGUAAUCGAUUGCUUCAGUGUUAGUGGUGUAGAGAUUAGAGGACAAUCUUUACGCAGAGUUGACAUUGCUUAGAUAUUGAGGCAAUUUACUUUGAUCUAUAAAUGUAUGUGCAUUUUUUCUUUGCGCUUUUGGAGAGUGUUUGUGUGCGUGUGCUGUGGAAAUGUGACAAUCUUGAUUUAGAUCUUUAUUGAGAUUAUACAUAGAAUUAAA